AUGGGAAAGUAUAUGAGUGUAGAUCCGGAAAAUGUUGUCUUGAUUCAUAAGCUGUCUUGUAAUGCACAAUCACGUAGGAACGAAGACGGCUAUUUUCGUGCGUAAGUUCUUUAUUUAAAAACUUAAAAUGUUCAAAGCCUUCAGCUUAAACUUAUAAUCACAGAGUUUUAGGGGAAGCGAUUUACCAUUAAUAAAAUUUUCUGAUAUUCCACCAGACGAAAUAUCAAGUGACAUUAAAGACUUGCAGAAAGAAUGUUGGGUAAGAAAAAAAAAUCUUUUUUUCUUACAACUUUAGUUUUUUUACCGCAGCUGUUUUGAAAAUUGUUUUUUUAGGCUAAAACAAAACUAAAAAGUUUAUAAAUUAUAUAGGAUUUAUAAACGCAGUAUAUAUAAGCUAAAGCCAAUAUUUUUAAUUUAGCAAAAUGAUGAUCUUUAUUGUGUAAAUAAUAUGGAUACUAAUAAAAUAAUCGCUGUACCACGAGCUAACCCGAUUCUGAGUACGAAAAAUGCCACGAUUUAUGGUUUUUGUUGUGACUACACUAAUGUAGAAGAAUGUGGCGGAGGAAGAAAUGAUAGAUGCGUUUACUUUGUCUAUGAUCAAAAUACCGGGUAAAACGUUAUCAUUGGUUCAGAAAAAUAUUUUUAAUCUUCUCUUUUCUCACACUCUUCAGCAUCUAGCUUUCAGCAUAACACCAUGCUCUAAUUUUCUGUGUUACGGUAUUUUUACUUUUCAGCGUUGAUUAUUACCUUGAUGAUCAGAUGAAAUGGACGACAGAUGAAUUCAAAGACCCUAGUUAUUUGAUUCCUGCUCCAGUUGAUGAUGACCGUUUCUUCUCGCAUGUUAGACCUAAUCAUACAACACCGACCACACCAGCUCCAAAAGUGCCAACUCAAGCUCCACCUUCAGGCCCAUGUUGUGGUUUGCGCGAGUUUCUGAUGUACUUUAGCUUUGGGAAAGGAGGUCCAUUUCAGAAUGCCACAUUUAUUAAACACUAA